CGGACGCUCCAACCCGCGCCUUCUCAUCACCUCUUACACUCCAAACGACUGUACAUACCCACACCCACCACCAACCCGCCCGCCGCUUCGCUUCGCUUCGCGCGCACCCAGCACAAUGUCGCGAACAGAGCAGGUGGACAACACCGACUCGAUAAAUAGCCAGGACCCAGCCCGUGACGAGCCGAAGAAGGCAAAGAGCAAGAGGCCACCAAAUACUGCUUUUAGGCAACAACGUCUAAAGGCAUGGCAACCCAUUCUAACCCCAAAGACGGUCCUCCCGCUCUUCUUCAUUGUCGGCGUCAUCUUCGCGCCCAUCGGUGGGCUGCUCAUCUACGCUAGUGCGCAGGUCCAGGAGAUCUCCAUCGACUACACCAACUGCAACAGCACGGCGCCUCAAGCUAGGCUCGAUUACAAUGCAAGUCUAGGCAACGACCUCGAGCCAAUUCCCUCGGGCAGAGUAUCCGCAUCUUUCAACGGAAAACAGAUGCAAACGGCACCCCAGUGGGGCUGGGCGCGGGAUAACUACACAUUUCAACCCCAGGGUGUCACGCUUGAGACCAACGUGUGCAUUCUGAGCUUCACUAUCCCGGCCGAUAUUGCUCCACCGAUUCUCUUCUACUACCGCCUCACCAACUUUUACCAGAACCACCGUCGAUACGUCAAGUCGGUUGAUAUCCAGCAGCUCAAGGGCGACGCCAGGAGUGCCAGCGCUCUCGACUCUGGUGACUGUGAUCCCUUGGCUGUAGCGCCCAACGGAAAGCCCUACUACCCCUGCGGACUCAUUGCCAAUUCCAUGUUCAACGACACCUUUGGCAAUCUGACCUUGGACAAUGCUGUACAGGAUGCAGAUGGCAAUGAAAUCAACUCGUACAACAUGACGGUCGAGGGCACAUCAUGGAGCCACGAGGGGGAUUUGUAUGGCAAGACCAAAUACAAGCCUAGUGAUGUUGUUCCACCCCCCAACUGGCAAGAGCAAUACCCCAAUGGAGAAUACACCGAUGAGCUGCCGGAUCUGCAUACCUGGGAGCAAUUUCAAGUAUGGAUGCGAACGGCAGGAUUGCCGACUUUCAGUAAACUCUACCAGCGCAACGACAAGGAUACCUUGAGAGCCGGUACUUAUCGUUUGAAGAUUUACGACCGUUUCCCCGUUGACAAAUAUGCUGGUACAAAGUCGAUUUUGAUUUCAACCAGGACCGUCAUGGGAGGCAAGAAUCCCUUCCUUGGCAUUGCGUAUCUGGUUGUUGGUGGCCUUUGCAUAUUGCUCGGUACUGUCUUCCUCGCUACACAUCUUGUCAAGCCCAGGAAAUUGGGCGACCACACUUACCUCACCUGGAAUAACGAUCAACCUUCAACGGCUACGACUACCGGCCGAGCGGGAGGCGCAUGAAUGUGAAUAUGAAAAUAUGAUUUCUAUCCAGACCUCUCUUUGCUUUAUUUUACUCUUUCCAAUCGUCCGCCUAGUCUAACACCCUUCUUUUCUGGCUUUUCAAAGAGUUGCCUGCGGUGCGUUGCAAGGAAGGAAGGGAGGGAGGUGUUGUACCGCAUGUAUUACCAUUAGUUUUCUCUCCUCUCUCUCUCUCUCUCUCGUGAGAGAACAAGGGAGAGAGAGGGAGAGAGAAAUUUGGUAAUUUGGAGUUUUUGGCGUUGGGAAAGGUUUUUGCUUGCUUGAGAAACCUAGAACUUUUAGUAGCUUUGGUUUCUUUUGUUCGUAUUACUCUUGCGAAGUUUUUUUUUAAAAAUGCAAUGUUUGAAAAAAAAAAAAGUCGGUCCGUUGAUAGGUGACGCUGUAUUAUUACUUCCUUUUGUAUUUUAGGACUUACUUGAGCCGUGUCGAUAAAGGUUAACUGCACACU